UAAUUGAUAAUAAUUCAACUGUUGAAAAUCUAGGAGUCAAAAUCAGAAAGGUCCGGCGAGACUUAAGUCAAAAAAACUUCGAUCUAUAUGUAAGAAAAUUCAAACAAGCCAAUCAUGCUUUGGUCAAUACUUUGAAUACUACUGAAAAAAGACAAGGGGAAUUGAUUGAGCCUCCCAAUAAGCUUACUUAUUAUUUUUCCGAAGCGUUGGAAAAAGAUCCCGAGGAUACUGGGCUCUAG